AUGUGCUUCGGGCUCCCAGUGCUCCUGCUGCCCAUCUGGCUCUCCUGGACCCUAGGAACCCGAGGCUCUGAGCCCCGCAGCGUGAACGAUCCUGGAAACAUGUCCUUUGUGAAGGAGACGGUGGACAAGCUGUUGAAAGGCUACGACAUUCGCCUAAGACCCGACUUCGGGGGUCCUCCGGUCUGCGUGGGGAUGAACAUCGACAUCGCCAGCAUAGACAUGGUUUCCGAAGUCAACAUGGAUUACACCUUAACCAUGUAUUUUCAACAAUAUUGGAGAGAUAAAAGGCUCGCCUAUUCUGGGAUCCCUCUCAACCUUACACUUGACAAUCGAGUGGCUGACCAGCUAUGGGUGCCUGACACAUAUUUCUUAAAUGACAAAAAGUCAUUUGUGCAUGGAGUGACAGUGAAAAACCGCAUGAUCCGCCUUCACCCUGAUGGGACGGUGCUGUACGGCCUCAGAAUCACCACAACUGCAGCGUGCAUGAUGGACCUGAGGAGAUAUCCCUUGGACGAGCAGAACUGCACUCUGGAAAUUGAAAGCUAUGGCUACACCACAGAUGACAUUGAAUUUUACUGGCGUGGUGGUGAUAAGGCUGUCACAGGAGUGGAGAGGAUUGAGCUCCCACAGUUCUCCAUUGUGGAGCAUCGUCUGGUUUCAAGGAAUGUCGUUUUUGCCACAGGUGCCUACCCUCGGCUCUCACUGAGCUUUCGGUUGAAGAGAAACAUUGGAUACUUCAUUCUCCAGACUUACAUGCCCUCUAUACUAAUUACGAUUCUGUCAUGGGUGUCCUUCUGGAUCAAUUACGAUGCAUCUGCAGCUAGAGUUGCUCUUGGGAUCACAACUGUGCUGACGAUGACGACCAUCAACACGCACCUUAGGGAGACAUUGCCCAAAAUCCCCUAUGUCAAAGCCAUUGACAUGUACCUCAUGGGCUGCUUUGUUUUUGUGUUUCUGGCCCUUCUGGAGUAUGCCUUUGUCAAUUACAUUUUCUUUGGAAGAGGCCCUCAAAGACAGAAGAAGCUUGCAGAAAAGACAGCCAAGGCCAAGAAUGACCGGUCAAAGAGUGAAAGCAACAAGGUGGAUGCUGAUGGAAAUAUUCUGUUGACAACACUGGACGUUCACAAUGAAAUGAAUAAGGUCACGGGCAGUGGUGGUGCCGCCAGGAAUUCACCAAUAUCCUUUGACAACUCAGGAAUCCAGUACAGGAAACAGAGCAUGCCUAUGGAAGGGCAUGGGCGACACAUGGGGGACAGAAGCAUCCCACACAAGAAGACCCAUCUACGGAGGAGGUCUUCACAGCUCAAAAUUAAAAUCCCUGAUCUAACCGAUGUGAAUGCCAUAGACAGAUGGUCCAGGAUCGUGUUUCCAUUCACUUUUUCUCUUUUCAACUUAGUUUACUGGCUGUACUAUGUUAAUUGAGUGACUGUACUUGAUUUUUCAAAGACUUCAUUUAACACUGAGUGAAAUAUUACUCUGCCUGUCAAGUUUUUAUACCUGUACACACACACAGACAAAAACACAGACACACA